AUGUGUAGUAUAUCCGAUCUGAAGUGCAAAGGUGUUGGAGCUCCUUUACAAGUGAGAAUCAUCCACAGAUGGAAGAACGAUAUUCGUCGAUACGAUACAUGGUACUUAGCUAUUGAUAGAUUUGGAGAUGCAAUACAAAUUCUUGGACAACGUUCCAGUCAGGCUUAUAUUGAAUCAGUAUUCAAAUUAUUCGAUUGCUACACGAUCUCCGAAUACAGCUGCCCAGAACUUGAUAGGCACCAGAAGGUAUUAGAGAAUGAUUUCUACAUUGAGGUUGGUCUCAUUUCAGUAAUCAAACCACUUCCAAAUACAAUGACAAUACCAAAACACUGGUUCUGGUUUGUGACAAAAUGUCAUCUCAUGGAACUUGGAGAAAAACCACCUUACUAUCCAGUCCCAACAAAAUUCAACCGCGAUCUACUCAUCCCGCUGCAUGCGAUUACAAUUGUUGCUGUUACAAACCUAAAACCUUCCACUACUGCAGGUAUGGCACUUCCAAUUUGA